AGAAGAGAAGAGUCAGAUCCCAGGACAGCUGCGCAGCUGGCCCCUGAGCAUGUGCAGACGUGAUGACAUCAGUUCCACCAAGAAAGUCUUGGUGGAAAUCGAAGAAGACAGUAAAAGUUAUAAGAUCAUACCCAACCUUCCCUUCCUUGAAUACCUGGGAAAAAUUCAGGGGCCUCUUGCCUGUGGAUGUGGAGCCAAACCCUGGAGUGGACCUGGGUGUGGAGGAAGGACUACUCUGCCAGAUGGUUCAUUCUCCAGAAUUCAACCUGUUUCCCAACUCUGUAGUGUUUGAAAGUAACUUUGUCCAGGUCAAAAGGGGCAGAAACUGGAUAGAAAUCUACAAAGCAACCAAAACAAUGGCCCUUGGGGUGACUGCCUCUGUGCCCUGCCUACCCCUUCCAAACAUCCUCCUUAUGGCUAGAGUCAAAUGGCAUCAGGGGCAGAGCCAGACAUGGAACAGACCAUCCGCAGCCCCAAGCAUCAUCCUGAAGAGGAUUCUUCCUUUGAAGUUUGUGGAGCUCCAGAUCUGUGACCACCAUGACCGCAUCCUGCAGUUGAGGACAGUCACUGAGAAGAUUUACUACCUAAAGCUCCACCCUGAUCAUCCUGAGACUGUCUUCCAGCUCUGGAUGCGCCUGGUUCAAAUUUUGCAGAAGGGUCUGUCCAUCACCACUAAAGACCCUACCAUCCUCGUCACUCACUGCCUGGUACCCAAGUGCCUCCACAGCCCAGGUGGAAAGUCUGAGUUAGUGCUGAAGAAACCUCAAGGCCCCCAGCCCAGUGAGAGCCUCAUGCAGCUGGUGGUCAAGGGGGAGAGUGAGGCCCUCUCACAGAUUUUUGCCGACUUGCAUCAGCAGAACCAGUUCAGAAGAAGCAAAAAGAUGGAGAUCAACAAGUCCAGCUCAGAGAAAGCUACUCCCCCUGAAGACAGUAUCCCUUGCACCUGCGAUCUCAGCUGGAGGGAUGAGCUCACUUAUGGAGAGUGGGAAAGAGAGAAUCCCUCCGGGCCACAGCCUCUCUCACUCCUCGGUACUCUGGCUGCCUCCAGCAGGCCACAACUGUCCCUACACAGAGACCUCUGUGCUGGAUAG